CCUGCACCUGUCAUACUGACAGGCAGCAGCGGCGCCGGCAUAUACAGAAGCUCUUUAUUGUUCUGUCUUAUCAUGGACCUCCCCUCUUCCUCUCGUCAGGCUCCUCCCCGCACCUUCUGCAAAGCUGAGUAACAGGCAGGCAGGCAGCAGUGUAGCCCCCACCCCCUUCCCUCCCCUUGUCAGUAUAGACACAGCAGUGCCCGCCCCCUCCCUUAUCCCCCUUCUCUCGCCUCCCAUCAAUGUAAUGUUUGUGUCCCGGGCACUUUAUUUUUGUGUCACGGGCACUUUUAAUAUGCUGGCUCCUGCUUCCUGACAUUAGGCAGGAACAGGAAGUCAUGUGACUGCACGACUGGAGGAGCCUUCAGACGUGAGAGGAGCAGCCUAGCCCAUCUAGCAGCCUGCCAUGCCAUACAGAGAAGCAGAAACUCAGAAUGAAGAAUUUGGUGGAUUAUUUUUGGCAUUUAUACUGAGCGACAAGCCUUGCUGUAUCUGCAAUGGAGGUGUGUGCAAGAAUUGGAUUGGUUGGCUCUCCUGCGUCCUAUGAUCAGCUGGUCCGCCAGGUAGAGGACCUGAAGAAGGAGAAUUCUCAUCUUAGGAGGGAGCUGCAGGAUAACAGCAGCCAGCUGAGCCGCCUUGAGCAUGACACAUCAGACAUGAAGGAGGUUCUGAAGCAUCUCCAGGGAAAACUUGAACAUGAUGUGGGAACAUCAGCAGGCCACUCAGAUGUAUUUGACCAGAUGAAAGCUGUGCAAGGUGAUAUCCCUGGACUCUAUAGCCAGUAUGCAUCUUCAGCCAUCGGUCCCCCUGAUGCCGCUGUGGUCUUGGGUCGGGCUUCUGGAACGCCAUCACUGCAUUCUGAUACUCCUCAGAAGAAAAGAAGGGGAGAGAGUCGCUCCAGUGGAAUAUUAAAAGUGGAACUGGACAGGGAAAGAUCUCUGUUGUUGGGAGAGAUUGAUAAGGAAGAAACAGAGAAACUCUGGUAUUACUCCCAGCUUCAAAGUCUGUCCAAGCGCUUGGAGGAACUGCCCCAGGUGGAGACGUUCUCAAUGCAGAUAGAUCUAAUCCGGCAACAGCUGGAGUUUGAAUCGGAGCACCUGCGCUGCGUGCUGGAGGAAAGAUUUGGUACGGCAGAUGAGAUGGUGCAGAGAGCACAGAUUCGGGGAUCUCGUCUAGAACAGAUUGAGCAGCAGUUGGAGGAAAUGCAGAGAACGGGAAACAGGGAACAAACUAUAGAGACCAGUGCAAUUCUUGAACCUGCAAUGGCAGAGACUAUCUCACAACCAGAGGACAACACAGGCCAGCCAGAAAACAAGGUUGAGGUUGUAUUCUGGCUUCUGUCCAUGCUGGCAACACGUGAUAAGGAUGACAUGUCACGCACUCUGUUGGCCAUGUCCAGCUCACAGGACAGUUGUCAGGCUAUGCGCAGAUCUGGCUGCCUCCCACUGUUGCUGCAGAUCCUGCAUGAGACAGAACGGGAUGUCAGGACACACGAAUCCCAGGGCUUCAAGGAUGCCCGAAUCCGAGCAAAUGCAACACUGCAUAAUGUCAUCUUCUCACAACCAGAUGAAGGACAGGCCAAAAAGGAGAUGAGAGUCCUUCACAUACUGGAGCAGAUACGUUCCUACACAGAAACCUGCUGGGACUGGAUGUCUAGCUAUGAGCAGACUGAUGUGCAGGACAUAAGCCCAGCUCCAGCACCUGUGGAACCACAGAUCUGUCAGGCAAGCUGUGCCAUAAUGAAACUAUCCUUUGAUGAGGAAUAUCGGAGAGCAAUGAAUGAGCUGGGUGGUCUACAGGCAAUUGCAGAGCUGCUAGAGGUAGACUACCACAUGCAUCGAAUGACCAGCGAUCCCCUCAGCUUGGCCCUGAGACGUUACGCAGGAAUGACACUUACUAAUCUUACUUUUGGGGAUGUUGUGAACAAGGCCACACUGUGCUCACGGCGUGACUGCAUGCAGGCGAUCGUGGCCCAUUUGGCCUCAGAGAGUGAAGAACUCCAGCAGGUGGCAUCAAGCAUCUUACGGAAUCUGUCCUGGCGAGCGGAUAUCAACAGCAAGAAGAUACUGCGUGAAGUGGGCAGUGUCAUCAGUUUAAUGCAGUGUGCACUGCGGGCUAACAAGGAGUCAACACUAAAAAGUGUACUUAGUGCCUUGUGGAAUUUGUCAGCGCACAGCACUGAGAACAAGGCGUCUGUCUGUUCAGUUGAGGGGUCCCUAGGCUUUUUGGUGAGCACCCUCACUUACAAGUGUCAGAGCAACUCGCUGUCCAUCAUAGAGAGCGGAGGAGGCAUUCUGAGGAAUGUGUCCAGUCUGAUUGCCACCCAUGAUGACUACAGGCAUAUCCUGCGAGAUCACAACUGUCUUCAGACUCUGCUGCAGCACCUUAAAUCCCAUAGUUUGACCAUUGUAAGCAACGCGUGUGGGACUCUAUGGAAUCUGUCUGCUAGGUGUCCACAAGAUCAGGAGCUACUGUGGGAUUUGGGAGGUGUCAGUAUGCUGCGCAACCUCAUCCACUCCAAACAUAAAAUGAUCGCCAUGGGAAGUGCAGCUGCCUUGAGAAACCUGCUGGCACACAGACCACUAAAAUACAAGGACGCAGCUGUCAUUUCACCAGGAUCUUGUAUGCCAUCUCUCUACAUGAGAAAGCAGAAAGCACUGGAAGCUGAGCUUGAUGCAAAGCACUUGGCCGAAACCUUUGACUGUAUGGAUAAACAAGGGCUAAAAUCUCAGCAAGUCAAGGGCCCCUUACGGCACAUAGAAAGCUUGGUGAAAGAUUAUGCCUCGGAUUCUGGCUGCUUUGAUGAUGACGAAAUUCCAAACACAUCAAUUAGUGCAGAAACAGGAAAUUCCUCUGUACUUUCUAUGUACUUAAACUCCUCCUUCACCCAGGGACAGAACAUACCAAGAACCGGGUCUUUAAGGAGGGGUCUAGAGUCAGAGAAAUCAGAUAGCAAUAAACUUGAGCUAAAGAAAUCACAGGAUGAGAUUUCUUUUGGUGCUAACAAACUGGCUACCUGUGCAGUGGCAAAAAUAGAAAGACUGGUAGAAGACAUAUCCACAAUGCACACAUCGUCUGAUGACAGCUUCAGUCUCAGCUCAGAGGAUCACUGCAUUGAUUGGCCAUAUGGCUCAGAUGAGCUUCAUGAAGCCAGAGCUCAGUCCUGUUCGCCUUGUAGACUUUCUGACAACAGUGGCAUGGUGAGGAGAGGUAAUAUAAGCAGAGCUCAAGCACUUUUACGAUUGAAAACAGCUUACACCAGCCUCUCUAAUGAUAGUCUUAACAGUGGAAGCACAAGUGAUGGAUAUUGCCCAAAAGAGCAUAUGAAACCGUGCAGCAAAGCUGCCUUCAUGGAUUACAAGGAAGAGCUGCAAAGGUACCAGAAACGUCCUAGUCGCCUGGAUCUAAAAAAUGUGCUUGUUAUCAAACCAGAGAGAAAUGACCCUACUGAGGAGCAGGUGAAACAAGGGCAACUCAGAGAAGAACAGAGUGAACUACUUGAUUCAAGGAAAAGAAACUUAUCAAUUCCCCAACUAAAGAGUAUGGACAGUAUUGAACGGAAGGAUGAGAACAUUUUAGAUGACUCCAGCAAAAAAUAUCCAGCAGAGACUAUGGUGCAUACCAUAAAACUAUCUCCAUCUUACAAGCACAUAUCUGGCAUUGACAAUUUAACAAACAAUGGGAUUGGAUUUCCUGCAAAUGUUUUUCAUCAGGCUCUUUCUGGGAAGAAGAAAGCAUGGAUGAUUCCAUCACAGACAUCUGAUAUUUUUUCAAAAGCUGAAGAAAAGGCUUCUGUCCACUCUUCCUCAACUGGAGAGCAGGAAUCGAUGCAAAAAUAUGCAGUUGAGGGAACCCCAAUAUGUUUUUCUAGAUGUAGUUCUCUUUCCUCACUAUCCUCUGGGGACAACCUACUAGAUGGACAAAGUCAUAGUGAAAAUGACAUAGAUAGUGAUUCAUCUUUAGAGAUUCUUGAAGUGGAGGAUGGUCAUAGUAAUAUGGAUAAAAAAGGGAGGCAAAAAAUUAUUCAGAAAAAUGAUCUUUCCCCUGGAGUAUCCCAGCCUAUUGGUAUUCCUCUAUCAAAAUCAGAGAAACAUUUCCUCCGAGAUGUCUCACCUUCUAGGAAUGAAGAUAUGACUCCAUCCAGCUCUUCAGAAAACUACAUUCAGGAGACACCAUUAGUGAUGAGUCGCUGCAGUUCAGUCAGUUCUUUAGGGAGCUUUGAGAGUCCUUCCAUUGCUAGUUCCAUUCAAAGUGAUCCCUGCAGUGAGAUGAUCAGUGGAACAAUUAGUCCCAGUGAGCUGCCAGAUAGUCCUGGGCAGACCAUGCCACCAAGCAGAAGCAAAACACCAAACUAUGACCCCAGUAGCCACCUAGAAAAGGAGGCCAGUCAGUUUAACAUCCAAUGGGAAAACAAUGUGAAAAAGUUCAUGGAGAUAACCGACUUCAAAGAGAGAUUUCAGAUUCCAAGAGAUAUGGACUCCAUGAUUUACUUUACAGUGGAAAAACCCACUGAAAAUUUCUCAUGUGCAUCUAGCCUGAGUGCUCUGCCCUUGCAUGAACAUUAUAUUCAAAAAGACGUUGAACUGAAACUUAUUCCUCCCUUUCCUGAGAAAAACAGUUUGAACUUUGUAGCACAUGAGAAAUGUGAGGAGAGACUCCUGGGAGUUAGGAAGAAAUCUGAGAUUGAGCUUGUUUCAGAUGAUGAUAUUGACAUUCUAAAGGAAUGUAUAAACUCAGCCAUGCCCCCCAGGCUACGCAAAAUGAAAACAUCUGUGCUUUCCGGACACAUUGUGAACUCCCAAACCAAAAAACCUGUCCAGUUACCUGUGUACAUGUUGGUUCCUGCUCAUACAAAGUUGGCAGUAAACAAAAACUUCACUUUCAAAAAAGAUUUAGUUAACGAUGACUCAUCUUUUACAGAUUCAGCAGAGGGAACACCUGUGAACUUCUCCAGUGCUGCUUCUCUUAGUGAUGAAACUCUCCAGUACUCUCUUAAAGAAGGACAAGAUUUGAGAGAAAGGCCAAGGAGCCGUAGGGAGAAGAGAGAAUAUGGAACCAUGCUAGAGAGUCAUCAUCAGGCAGAAGGAAGAAGGCCAUUUAACUUAGGAAGUAUAGAAGCUACAGAGGAAAAUAAAAACUAUUUCUGUACAGAUCCAUCAAAAACCAAUAACAAAGCAAAUAGACCUACAAAUGCAGCUUAUACUUUGAAAACGCAUCAAACAGCAGAUGUAAUCAGAGGCUUUGAUACACAUCAUAACCUUUCUCCCAACUGUAUUGGGAGCACUAAAAGAGGGACUAGUUCUGUUAGUCAUCUAACAAGACAUGACAUACAGCAGGGAGAAAAUGUGCAAGGCAACUUUGCUUUCCCAUCUUUUUGUCACACUACACCUACAGAGGAAGCAGUUUACUGCUUCUAUGAGGAUGAUACAGUAAAUUCAAGAAAAGUUUCUCCUAAGAGAAAAAUAGAACCAUCAAAAUCUCCACGAAAACAUUGUCAGUCCUCUGGAGUAACAAAUCGAGAGGCCAAAGAACCCAUAUCUGGCAAUAAAUGCAAUCAGCCAAAGAUUAGCAAUUUGAUAGAAGAUGAACCAAUACCUUGUUACUCUCUCAGCUCUUCCAUGAGCUCUCUCAGUGACCUUGAGCCUGUGUGUACCCAGGGAAAGAAAGAUAGACCAACUAAACAUUCCUUAAGAACACAGGGAUGGGCAUCAAGUAAACGUGUUGGAUACAGGGAAUCCUCAGGUAGUCACACAUCAGAUGAAGAGAAAUGCACAAGUUCAGUAAUGUCCAGAAGGAGACGACCAUCAGCUCGCAAAAGAAAGCACAAGCUUAGGAAUAUCGAGAACAAAAAUGAAACUCAGCACAUCACUACUGAGGAGAAAACACAAGAUGGAGAAAGUAUCUCUGAUCUAGACAGUGUAGACUGGGAAGCUAUCAAGGAAGGUGCUAAUUCCAUAGUCAGCUGGAUACACCAAGCUGCUGCCUCUAUUUCCAGGGAAUCUUCAAUUAUUUCCAGAGCCCCUUCUUCUGAUUCCCUCAUGUCUAGCCCUUCUGUCUCAGCCCGACAGCCUCUGUUUGGGCAGCACAAACAAAGUAAAGAUAGAUCUCUGCGCUCUAAAGUUUCAGGAUCAAGUCAACUGUCUAGUAGUAGUGAGGGUUCCAGGAGUAACAGAGGCAGAAAAGUGGUUAAUGAAAGCAAAAAUCCAUCUUCUAAUAUCCCAAUGGUCUUCCGUGGAAGGACAGUGAUCUACAUGCCAGCACAACAGAAAAAAUCAUCUAACAAGCAAUCAAACCAGAGUAAUCCCCCUCAGGAAGUCGCAAAAGUCCCUAACUCCAUGCGGUCUAGAAGUCUUCACCGACUAGGAAAAUCUCCAGAUCUUGCAGUAGAGAUGACCUUGCCCAAACGAAGUACUACACCCCCAGCUCGUAUCAGUACUGCUCCUUCCUCAAGCUCCUCAAGAAAUUCAACACCAUCACGCAAAGCACAAUCCCCAGUGACUCCACCAUCUCCAAAGUCAAAUGGGGUUAGGAAUCCUCAGGUUCCUGGCAAUAAGACUCAGAAGUCCCCAGUACGAAUUCCCUAUAUGAAAAAGCCUAGUCCUCGUGGUCCACCUGGUCCUUCCCCAUUGGCUUUAGAAUCUGUCAAUGUUAGUCCUCGACAGAGUCCUAGCAAAAGACCCACUAACCAGAGCAGUCGUCUUAACCAAGUGCGAAACAGUGAAUCUGAGAAAUCUGGAAUGCUGCGUCAGCUAACCUUCAUCAAAGAAUCUGCGGGAGGCAUGAGACGUCAGCACUCUGAUAUGACUAUAUCAAACCGACAGCACAGGGCUUCUUCUCAAAACAAUGCUGCUUUGCCUGCAGUAUUCCUUUGCUCCUCCCGAUGUGAGGAACUGAAAGUGCACAAAUCUCCUAAACCUAAAGUUCCCUCAUCGCCAAACAGGCCUGCAAGAAGGACAAGUUCUGAAAGUCCUUCCCGUCUACCAGUCCGAAACAUGCCUCCCCCACCAGAACCUUUCAAAAGAUACUCCUCCUCUCCUCACAUCAACCUUCCAUGGUCACGUGUAGAGGGUAGAACAGGCCAGAACACCUCAAAAGCUGAAGGUACAAGAGUUCCAAGGAUUGACACUGUUCCUGGCUCAACUAGAGCAACAUGGAGAAGAAUACGAGAUGAAGAUAUCCCUCACAUUUUGAGAAGCACUUUGCCUGCCUGUGCUCUGCCUCUUUCUGAGGAACCCAUUGAGCCACAAAGAAAAAUGAGCGACGCUGUAGUUCAGACAGAAGAUUUUACCAUUAUCAAGACAAACUCCAGCACCUCACCAACAUUAGAAAGCAGAAAUAGGCCUGGCAUGGGAUCUACAAUAAUGUCAGAAUCAGGGAAAGCGUCAUUAGCAGUUGUAAGCUUACCUACAAGCAGGCACAAUUCCCCCAGUAGGGCAGCCAGAGUUACUCCAUUCAAUUAUGUGCCAAGUCCCAUCAUGACAGUCACAGAGGAGGCAGCAGGUAAGGUAACCAGUGAGUGAUUGGACAGACGAGCAGCAAGUUUUGUCCACAUUCUCUGAGUAAUUAAUGCACAGAUUAGUAGGUCUGGAUCAGAUGUGCAGGAACUGGAUGUCACUUUACUUUGUUUCCUUACUGCUGCCAAACCACAAAUUGUGUGCAACUUGAAACAAUGACGUACUACUUAUAACGCCAUUUCUCAAUGCUUCAGAGACGUUUGUUGCAGAUGGACUUUCGGCACUUUAUGGAAAAUGAUAAAUCUGCACAUGUCUAACAGGCAAUAAAACAAGCAGGUAUAUAUAUAUAUAUAUAUAUAUAUAUAUAUAUACACACACUGUAGGUUGAACAGCUUAUUGAGGCUUUGUUGCUAUAGUACAGUCUCUACUAUCAUAUUUAAUAUUGCUCCAGAACUCAACUGCCAAAAGCGAAGAGAAAUGCUUGAUAUUUGGGGGGCCAAGAUGAUUUUUGCAUAUCUCAAGCAGAAUUCUGCAGACUUGUUGAGUUACGAAUUUGUCUUGAACUUUUUCCCGAUAACUACAAUCAGACCUAACAGCAAAUCUGAAUAUGCUUUAAGUGAAGCCUUAAAGUUACAGGCUGCAUGUUUUUACAUAUAUUAAACACUCUUAUGUAGCAGAACCAUUGCACAGCUUGAAAAUAGAAAGGGGCAAAAAGCAUUGCAGCCAAAACAUAUUUGCUCUGAGUCUGAAGAACAGCAGAGAUUUAAUGAGAAAUGCUUCAUCAAAUCUUUUUUGUAUUGCCAAAAUGACAAAGUCAACAUUGUCAAGGACAGCGACUGAGAACUGACGCUCCAAGAAUACUGAACUUUGUAUGUACUGUUAUGGAUUAUAUUUUGCUCUUUCUCGCUCUUUUAUGUCACGUAGAUAGAUAUCCCAUGUGCCAAUCUUUAAGACGUUCAUUUAUAACAGAUAUUCCAAUUCUAUAUUUGACUAGUCACGGCCAGAGUGUGAUGUCAUGUCCUAGAAACCCAGAAUCAUUCAUGUUCAUCUAGAAGGAAAUAGACAGAGUCCACCACUUCCAGUGUACAAUCAAUACUGAGGCUCUAUUCAUCCCACAUGGGUUCUUUAAACCCUAUUAGAAAAUUGAUGAGUAUUUCAUUAGGCUAAUGUAUUGAAGGUGUACAGAGGGAAGGUAGUUGAGGUUUUAUUUGUGACGCUAGCACAAAACAGGAGCUUUGCAUCUCAUUAUCUACAUUGCCAACUUUGUUUUAACUGUAGAUGAAAUGCCACUUCAGUUUAUUCUAUAUAUGAAAUGUAAAAAUAAAUAAUAUUGCAAUUUAUGGAA